UUUGUUUUUCUCUCAACUUUUUUCUCAUUAAACUCAUCAAUCAAACUUCUUCUUCUUUACUCAAAAACUCAAUUCUCAAAUUCUAAAUCAUGGCGCUGGAAACAUGGUUGAAUAAGGUGAAAAAAACGAUAGCACACAGCUUUGUUACAGUAAGAUCAGCCGGUGCGCCACGUGCAAAGACGGCGGUGAUAAAGAAAUCCAGUGUUGGGGUUUUAGCAUUUGAGAUCUCUGGGUUGAUGUCAAAGCUACUCCAUUUAUGGCAAUUUUUAUCUGAGAAAAAUAUGAUAAGAAUUCGUAAUGAGUCGAUAUGCCUAGAAGGUGUUCGUAAAAUUGUCUCAAACGAUGAUGCUUUUCUUAUAGGCCUUGCUUGUGCGGAGAUUGUGGAGAAUUUGAGGAUGGUUGCGAAAUCUUUGUCAAGAAUCAGCAAGAGAUGUGAAGAUUCACAUCUUAGAAGCUUUGAUCGAUUCUUUACUGAAUUCGCAAAUAUGGGUCGUGAUCCUUAUAAUUGGGUUCUUAGUUUGAAGGAUAUGGAGUUAAAAAUCAAGAAAAUGGAUCAGUUUGUCACUACAACUGCCCUGCUUCAUCGACAAAUGGAUGAGCUUUCAGUACUUGAGAAUAGUUUAAAGAAAGCUUCGAAUUCGAAUUCGAAUUCCCAUUUCAAAGAUUCUGACAUUUCAAUCAAAGAACAGAAGAUACUUGAGCUACGACAGAAGUAUCUGUGGCAGAAACAAGAAGUUAAGUAUCUAAAAGAGCGAUCUUUAUGGUGUCGUAGCUUUGAUACAGUUACAUCAUUGUUGGCUCGAUCCAUUUUCACUACACUAGCAAGGAUCAAGCUUGUUUUUGGUAUCAAUCAUGGAUAUCCAAAUUCACUCCCACGUAGUCUCUCUGCUUCAGCCACUGUUUAUCCUUCAGAAAAUCAUAACACAUGCAAUUUCGUCUCCGGGCCAUUGAUGAACAAUCCCCCUAUACUGAAAGUCUCAGAUCAUGAAUUUUUCGAGUCAAAUACUAAGGUACUUAAACCACCAACGAGUACUUUAGGCGCGGCUGCACUUGCUCUACAUUAUGCUAAUUUGAUCAUUGUUAUGGAAAAAAUGAUAAGAUCACCACAACUAGUUGGGGUUGAUGCUAGAGAUGAUUUAUACUCCAUGUUACCAAAUAGCGUUCGAUCAUCAUUAAGAUCAAGACUAAAAGGAGUUGGAUUUUCGGCUAGUGAUCCAGUUCUUGCUGGUGAAUGGAAAGAUGCCCUACAAAAGAUUUUAGGAUGGUUGUCACCUUUAGCACAUAACAUGAUCAAAUGGCAAAGUGAAAGGAGCUUUGAACAACAAAAUUUAGUUCCAAAAACUAAUGUUCUCUUGCUGCAGACUUUGUAUUUUGCAAAUCAAGAAAAGACUGAAGCUGCCAUAACAGAGCUGUUAGUUGGUCUAAACUAUAUUUGGAGGUUUGAAAGAGAAAUGAAUGCUAAGGCCUUGUUUGAGUGUACCAACUUCAACAACUUCUUGAAUUUGAAGCAUUCAAGUAAUUAGUCUUUUCUUGUUUGUUCUAAGUUUUUUUUUUAUUCUUCUUUGUUUUAAUUAAUAGAUAUAUAAUUUGAGGAUUGUUAGAGGUAAGGUCUGUUUUGUUUUAACACAAAUCUGUAUAUUGUAUCAUAUCAAUUGUAGACUAUUACUAUAAGAUUUGAGUCAAGAUUUUCAA